AUGAUGUUAUUCUGGGCACUAUAUAGAACAUGGACAAUUGAUCCAGGAUUUAUUCCUAAACAUACAUUAGUAGAUUAUGAUGAAACAAGGCAAAGAGAUUAUUGUUUGUAGUGCAGAAUAAAGAGACCUGAAAGAUCUCACCAUUGUUCUAAAUGUAAAAGAUGUGUAUUAAAUAUGGAUCAUCAUUGUGUUUGGACAGCUAAUUGCAUAGGUCUAUACAACAGGAAGUUUUUCCUACUUAUUUUAUUCUGGGGUUCUGUUGGUAUGUUUUAAGCCACUUUGCUUGGAAUAACUAACAUAUAUGCCCUUUGGAAUAGGAUUUGGGUCUAUGAUUCAUUGGAUUUUAAUAAAGUCAAGGCUGGAUUCAUAUUUUUAUUGACAUUCUCACAAUUCCUAAAUGGCUUUGGCUUAUAUUAUUUUUUUUGGAAUAAUUUCAAAUUGAUUGCCAUUAACAUUUGCACACUUGAUUAGAUGAUUUUAGAAAUCGAAGCUACAACUAAAAGAAAAUAUCAUACCGAUUUAACUAUUUAUAAUUUAGGAUUUUGGUAUAACUUUUAUUUUUAUUUUGGCAAAAAUCCAUUACUUUGGUUUAUACCUGUUGGAAGACCCCUAGGUGAUGGGUAUAAUUGGGAUAAGAGGGUCAGUUCAAGAGAGAUGUCAGAGAAUGCUAUAUAAAUAGAAUGA